CCCCCAGCGGUGUGCCUGGUGCUGGGCUGUGUGAUCUUCCCAGACGGCUGGGACGCGGAGGUGGUGAGGGACCUGUGUGGGGAGCUGACGGGCCGGUACAGCCUGGGCGCCUGCUCCGUGCGCUGGGCCUACAUCCUGGCCAUCAUGGGCAUCCUGGACGCCCUCAUCCUCUCCUUCCUGGCCUUCGUCCUGGGGAACAGGCAGAACCAGGACCUCUACCAGGACCACCUACAGAACAGCAAAGAUUUCACUGUCUCCAGGAUUGAAAUCCGGGACAGACGAGAUCCCAGGUAUGGACUCCAGCGACUCCACUGAAGCUGCCUGCUGGAACUCCCUCUCUCCUCCCCUCCUUUCCCCUCCUCUGUGAUCAUAAUUGCAAGAUCAGCUAUAUUUUGCAAAUAAGGAUGUGUGUGUAUGUCUGAUUUUGACUCACUGUAUAGUAAACACUAGUGUGUGUGUGUUUAAGUGUGUGUGUGUGAGACCAAUGAUGUUUCCCAGUACUCAGCAGUGAACAGCCCAGAUCAGCUUUUCAGAACUGCACAGCUCUGGGACAUGAAACACAGCUUACAUCAAUAUUCAAACUCAUGUAAAUACCAUCACUGUUGCAACCCCAGCCUGUGUAGUCCUAAACUUUUAAAUAUUUUCAAACUUUUCUCACAGGAUCUGUACAAACUUGUUGUUAAACUUGUACAGUGACAACUCCCAACC